AGUCGCGCGCGCGAAUGUAAACAUUGUUGUACACGCUCUCUCGUUCGGUGAUACAUACUUUUACCCGUGAUAAAGUGAGAAACGAAGAAAAAUAUGUUCGGAAUAGGUGAUAAACGAAGAAAAGAAAUGCCCGAACUAGGUGGGAAACGAAGAAAAGAAACGCCCGAAGAAGGUGAUGACGAAUCGAUCCCGGACGAGAAGGAGGAGGAGGACCAGGACCAUCCUCUGGUGGUGAGCAAUCUCGGCAAUUCCCAGAUGUACGAGCGCAUACUCGACGUGAGAAACGUCCGCUUGGAAGAGAUAGACGAGUCGGAGUGGUACGAUCCGAAAAAUCUAGAGUUUCAAAAUGACAUAGUCUACGAGAUGGCAGAAGUAGUGUCGACCCACGACGAGUUUCAAUACAUCGUCUGGGACUUUGCUGGGCAGGAGCUGCUGUUCGUGCGCCGAUUCAGGCCCGGGAAUUACGUCAUAAGUCUACCGGAUUUGCCAUACCAGAGCGAGGAGUCGAUAAACACGGACGUUCAUUUGCCCUACAAGGGUAUCACGAUCGAACCGUCGAGCUGCAAGCAACUGGACAAAAAACGGCCCUGGUUCGAGUACUGUCGCGAACAGCUGAGGAAGGAUUUCGGCUACGAGGUGCCGAAACACUUGAUCGUCAAGGCUAAGAGCGUCAUCGAGUCAGCCCCACCGACCAUCACGAGCAAGCGCGUGCAUUACAUCUACGCGGAGGUGAACGACAGCAUGAAGCUCAGCGAGGAGAAGCUUGCGGCGUUGGGCCCGCCGAUGCACCAGGUCGUGCGAAUGACCAUCGAUCAGGCCGUCGAGUUCGUCGAGUCGCGUCACGUGCCGGGCCCCGUGUCGACUUUGUUCGCCAUACGCUGGUUCAUGUACAACAAGAAGGCCCACUUCGACGGUUAUUAUACGUUUUUCAAUGGCCUAAUCGGUACGGAGAAGUAGUCGAAUCGUUAUGUUGUUUUAUCAAGUUGUUGCAAAAUUAUUUU